AUCGUUUCUCUCAGUGGUUUUACCCGAGCAGGUGUGAUGCUGAGCAGAAGCACCAAAUGUAGUUACAUGCGAAUCAGUGCAGGACCGUGCCAUGGGACGUCAGUACACCAACGACGAGACGCUGAAUGGGUGCCCGUGAGUUAACAAACAUUUCCCCACAAUUCUGCGUGUGUUCACACUUCCAGGAGGAGAAAAUACUUGGCCGACUUAAGUUUCAGAAGGUAUUUUUAAAGUCUGUCUUUUGGAAAGUGGACAUGAAUGCUACAUUUAAUCAAACGGACGGCGGGAUCUUCUCCAACCAGACUGAGGAGAUCCUCUUGUGCUGUAACCUCUCAUCAGUGGUGACGGAUAACGGCUUCGCGGCGAGCGCUCCGGACGAGAGGAGUCUCUUCAUCAUGAGAAUAGUUCAGAUCGCAGUGAUGUGCGUACUCUCCCUCACUGUAGUAUUCGGGAUCUUUUUCCUUGGCUGUAACUUGCUCAUCAAGUCGGAGGGAAUGAUCAACUUUUUGGUGACGGAACGGAGACCCUCCAAAGAAGUGGAAGCGGUCAUCGUGGGCGCGUACUAAAGAGAUGAUGGGGUUUCUUCACCGCCACGGGGUGAGCAAACGGGAUUUUUGACCACCUGAUGCGCACAUUUUCGAUGAGCUUUUCACAGGACACAGAGUUAACUGUCUUGAUCUCUGGAGAUAAACUGAACACGGUGUUUCCAGUGUCUUUGCAAGCCUUUCCACUGUUUCAUAUAAUGUAACAGCCUUCAUUUAUAGAAGGAUGAAUACAAAUAAAAUCCCACAUGACCAUGCAGGCAUAAAGUCUUACAUUUGCCAAGUUACAAAACUUUCUUUGUGCACGCGCAGGGGACGGAGAUGUUGCCCGUAUUAGGUGUAAAUGUUAUCAGUAAAGCAAAAUGCGAGCUAGCACUGCGCAGACUAUGAAUUGUUGUUUAGCAAGUAAGGGAUCAUGUUUAUUACAAUAAAUUCGAUUUGCCAAUAUGGUCUUGCUCUCACAUUUUUAAGUGUCAUCUCAACGUUUUCCCAUUUAUGUGGAUUUCAUAAAUGUGUCUCAAAUGUGCUUGUAGUAACAUUCCAACUUACUGGUUUAAUUUAAAUAAAAAUACUUCAUUUUGACUGAAUCAACCUGAUUACAAGAAAACAGCAUUUUGAUUAUAUUUUAGAUAAGUGUAAUGUAAUGUAAUAUGCCAUUAAAUAAGGUUCCGUAUAUUGCUGAUUCUUUUAU